UGAAUGAGAAAUCACUCCAAUCCCUGGCUCCGUAUACUCACCUCAUUGUGGCAUGUGGAGGACCCCAUCUCUCUCCUACUCGUUUUCAAGUUCAGUCAGACUGCAAAGAAGUUUUAAAUCAAUCAUGGCAGACUAUGGAAGAGGAGCCUGGCCAGGAAGAGGUAGAGGAGGAGGGAGAGGGAGGGGAGGGAGAGGAGGAGGAGGGAGGGGUGGAGGAGGAGGUGGUAGGGGUGGUCACCCUUCAGGACUAAAAGGGAAGGAUAUCGGUUUGUAUUAUGCUAAACGAGGGAAGGAACGUAAAGUAGCAAGAGAAAGAAAUGAACGAGCUGUUGUUUCAAUUGAUAGAAGAUCAGAAAGAGAAAUAACGCAAAUACUCCAAGAUAUUGAUGGAACAAACGAACCAAUGGAGGAAUCUGAUGGACAGGAAAAAGAAGGUGCCUCACUCCAAUAUCCCUCAGUGGCCACACCUAUUUUGACCACACCUACUCACACUGACGAAGAACUGCUAAAAGAACAGAGACAAAGAGAGAGUCGACCUGCCUAUAAAAAAAUGAUGGAAUUCCGCCAGGCCCUCCCCUCUUGGGGCAUGAAGGACGAGAUAGUUCAAGCAGUUAAUGAUAAUCAGGUCAUUGUCAUUAGUGGACAAACCGGCUGUGGAAAAACAACACAGAUUUCUCAGUUUCUAUUGGACGAUGCUAUAGGAAGAGGGUGUGGCUCCAAAUGCCAUGUGAUCUGUACCCAGCCGAGACGGAUCAGCGCAAUAUCAGUGGCUCAGAGGGUAGCCGCAGAACGGGCGGAGUCCUUAGGUACUUCAGUCGGUUACCAGAUCAGGCUAGAGGGUACACUGCCGAGGGACAAUGGGUCGAUACUUUACUGUACCACUGGUAUAAUGGUCAGGAGACUGGCCUCAGACCCUUUGCUUCAAAACGUAUCUCAUCUCAUACUUGAUGAAGUUCACGAGAGAAACAACAUAACUGACUUCCUGUCGAUAAUUGUGAAAGACAUAAUACCAAAGAAGCCUGAUCUUAAGGUCAUCCUAAUGAGUGCUACCAUUAAUGCAGAACUAUUUUCAAAUUACUUCAAUAAUGCUCCCAUUAUUUCUAUUCCUGGUCGUGUUUUCCCCGUGAAAGAACACUUUCUUGAAGACGUCAUCUCACUAACAAGAUAUCGUCCACCUCAGAACCAGGGAAGGUCACGCCCAUUUUGGUCUCGUUAUGGGCGUGGUCGACAAGAGUGGGAGGAGGAGCAAUCACUGAAGGCGGAGGCUGAGGAAUAUUUAAAUGAAGUUGAGAGAGAUCAGAAAUAUGGACCUCAUGUGGCAUCAGCUUUGAGAGACAUGGAUCUGGAGAAGAUUGACCUCCAUUUAAUCCACUCUCUUUUAAAACACAUAUCCUUCAAUAUGGAGGACGGAGCGAUCCUGGUGUUUCUACCAGGCUGGGACACUAUCAGCAAGUUGCAUGAUUUGCUUCGGAGCGACGGAAUGUUUCGGAAUUCUUCGAAAUUUUUGAUAAUUCCACUUCACUCUAUGAUGCCAACUACAUCCCAGAAGGAAGUUUUUGAUCGCCCGCCCCCUGGGGUUCGUAAGAUUAUAAUAGCCACUAAUAUAGCAGAGACUAGUAUCACCAUUGAUGAUGUGGUCUUUGUUAUCGAUGGAGGGAAAGUCAAGGAAACUACGUAUGAUGUUGCGAAUCAGUUAGCUUGUCUAGAGUCGGUUUGGGAAAGUAAAGCAGCUGCCACUCAAAGAAAAGGACGGGCAGGAAGAGUCCAACCAGGCCACUGCUUCUACCUCUUCACUUCUCAUCAAUAUUCUAAACUGAACGAGUUCCAGCUGCCAGAAAUGCUAAGGACUCCACUCGAAGAACUCGUCCUCCAAAUUAAGAUGCUUCAUUUAGGAAAGGCCGAGCCGUUCCUCUCCAAAGCUCUUGAGCCUCCGGAAACUAAAUCAAUCCACGACGCAGUAGACCUGCUUAAGAACUUAAAUGCUCUGGAUGUAAAUGAGGAGUUAACCCCAUUAGGCUAUCACUUAGCUAACCUCCCUGUUCACCCAAGGGUUGGUAGAAUGAUCCUUUUUGGGGCAAUGCUUUCUUGCCUGGACCCUGUACUGACCAUUGCAGCUGCUCUUGGGUUUAAAGAACCUUUCGUAAUACCACUGCACAAACAAGAAGAGGCAGACAGGAUGAAGAAGGAGUUAGCUCGGGGUAGUGAGAGUGACCACAUUGCAUUACUGAAUGCUUUUAAUGGGUGGGAACAAAGCCGUCGUCAUGGCAACACACGUCAAUACUGCUGGGACCACUUCCUGUCAUCAAACACUUUAGAGUUACUAAGUAACAUGAAGAGACAGUUUGCUGGUUUGUUGCACGAGAUUGGUUUUGUGUCUGAUUCUAAUCCAAAGACACCAUCAGCUAAUCACAACUCAGAUAAUGUCAAGUUAAUAAAAGCUAUUCUAUGCGCUGGGCUCUACCCAAAUGUAGCUAAAAUCACUCCUGGAAAAAGAGUAGCAAAGUUGUAUACGCAGCAGGAUGGAAAGGUUAAGUUUCAUCCGAAAUCCGUCAACUCUGAACAAGGAAAUUUUAAAUCACAAUUUCUCAUUUAUCAUACAAAAGUUAAAAGUACUGCCAUAUUUAUUCACGAUGCUUCUGUCAUUCCUCCUUUCCCUCUUCUGUUUUUUGGUGGUGAGAUAGCAGCUGGAAGAGAUGCUGACCAAGAGACAAUCACUGUUGACAAGUGGAUCAUAUUUCAGGCUCCAACACGCAUUGCUGAUCUCGUAAAGGACAUGCGUCAUCAGCUGGACUCCGUCUUAAAGCAGAAAAUUGCACAACCUCAGAUGACUCUUUAUUCUCCUGGCCCCUCCCACUCAGUGACGCCCACUUCUCGUUUAAUCCAAGCAAUCAUAGACUUGAUAACUAGUGAGGAUUACUCGGCACAACAGGAAAGACUCGCUCAAGGAAAACACUUGUACCCACGAAAACAAGGGGCCAUGGCAAGCUCUCUCUUUACUGGAGUCUCUUCUCUAAACAGCAGCAAGACAGACAGUAUUCCAGUGAGUAGUCUUGAUGGAGAAGGCAAGGUGGUAGGGCUGUACUUCAGUGCCCACUGGUGUCCACCAUGCCGGGGAUUCACUCCUAAGCUCGCCGAAUGGUACACUAAACUAACCAGUGGAGCACUAAAGGAUAAGCUGGAGAUCGUCUUUGUUAGCUCUGAUAGAGAUGAAGAAUCUUUUGACAAAUAUUUUGCAGAGAUGCCUUGGCUUGCAUUACCAUACUCUGAAAGAGAUAUGAAGGCUACCCUCAGUAAAAAAUAUAAAAUCCAAGGGAUACCGACACUAGUUAUUGUGAGUGGGGCCGACGGUAGCUUAAUCACAAAGGAAGGACGCUCUGUCAUAUCUCAAGACCCAAAUGGAGAGAAGUUUCCUUGGAAGCCAGAGACACUGGUAGAGAUAAUGUCUAGUUGUAAGUUCACUAAUAAGGAAGGAAAGGAAAUUAGCUGGGGUGACUGCAAGGGGAAGACAGUAGGGCUGUACUUUUCAGCUCAUUGGUGCCAACCUUGCAUUACAUUUACGCCAGAACUUGCUACUUUUUACAAUAAAAUGAAGACAGAUGGAAAGGAGUUUGAGAUCAUCUUUUCCUCAUCUGACCAUUCAGCGGAAGACUUUGAGGAGCAUCUCUCAUCAAUGCCUUGGUAUGCUAUACCAUUUGGUCAUGAGGCAAGCAAGAAGAUUGCAAAACAGUUUGAGAUUGAUGGUAUACCAACUCUAGUCAUAGUUGAUGGUACGACUGGUCACGUGAUCACUGAGACUGGUCGAGGGAUGAUUAACAUUGAUCCCAAAGGAGAAGAUUUCCCGUGGUAUCCUAAACCAGUUGAAGUCCUUCAUGAUGGAAAGGUUGACGAUCUUAACACACGACCUAGCAUGAUUUGGUUUACAGAUGGCAGUGAAGAUCAGGUAAAGGCUGCAAAAUCAGCAAUGACUCCUGUAGCAGCGCCAUAUUUCGAAAAAAACAAAGAUAACAAUGAUUCUCUGUGUUUUCUAUACACUAUUAAUAAUUCCUUGGAAAGCAACAUACGGAAAUUACUCCAGAUAUCUGACACUCCUUCUCUUGUCAUUGUUAAUAUAUCUUCUGAUGCUGGUCCAAGCAAGGCUGUAUAUGGUGGCCCUGAGCUCAACCAAGAGGCUGUCAAAAAUUUUUUUAAAGAGUUUGAAGAAAAAUCUUUGUCAUUUGAGGUCCUGCAAUAACUUAACUUUUUAAAUACAAUAAUAAUAUUGAAUUUUAUUUUUUUUAAUUUGUUUUAACGCCCACGUACACAUUAGCCCCA